AUGUCCAUCUUCCCCAGCCAAGAUCGCUUCUUGAUGCAUCACUAUGUCCAUACAGUAGUGAACAUAUUCUGUGUCAUCGACAAUGCCAAGAGUCCCUGGAAAACGAUUCACAUUCCCAGAGCCAUCCAGGGUAUCGGGGAGAUGGAUGUCAUGGGGUCAACAUCCAGAGUGCGCAGUGCCCUGAGGAAUGCUUUGCUCUCAAUCAGUGCCUUCUUCCUGGCCAAUGUUCGAGCAUCUGAGUCACAUCCCAACGAAGCUGUCAAGUGGGUGGAGGAGGCGAUGCAGUACAGAUAUAAUGCCAUCGGGCUGCUGAAACAGGCAGUUGAGAGUGACCUAUAUUCAGGAGGAAAGCCUAAGUAUAAGGAGUACCUUGCCACCAUGCUAUCAAUGAUCACGAUCAAUGUGAGUUGGCAGCUAUUUUGA